GCUGGCCGCAGGGGCUUUUGGGAAGGCUGCGGGUCAACAGUCUUGAGGCUCAGCUUCCAGGCCGCGGGAGGCCUGGCUCAGCGCCUGGCUAGUUCAGCUGUUCUGUCUGACAAGAGCAUCUCAGUCGUCCCCGAUUUUCCAAGUGUUAACAUUGAAAUUGCAGAUUUAUAAUCUUCAACAGUCUUCGUGUUCUCCCAUGUUUCCCUAGAAAUAAGCCCAGUCAUGGAUGCAGUUUGCUUUGGAGUGUGCUUUUGUGUAUGAUUAGUUAUAUAAAAUACUGAGUUUUCAAAAAGAAGGCUAGGGCAACAGAAAAGCUGUGGUAAGACAGGCUCUUAGGUAUUUGGGAUAACAGAAGAAACCCAUAUCUUGAAUUGAUUCAUUUUUAAUUAUAACAGACUUAUAGUGGAAUGGGCCUUAAACACAGGUGGACUUUAUAAAAUGCAGUCUAAGUUUAUAUACAAAGUACUAUCUAUUGAACAGAUGUAUUAAAAUGAUAGGCACAGAAAGAAUUAAGGUGGUGAUAUAUAAGAUUUAACACUGAGAGAGUAACAGCUUAAGCUGUAAGCACAGUUCCUUUACUGGGAACACUGGAGUCUUAAUAGAGUUGUGUUGACGUCCCUGGGAGUUAACUGCAGUUAAUGUAAUUCACUUUAGAGAACACUGUGAUGAUGAUGAGCUGUAUGACAUUAGCUCUUAGGAAAUACCAGGUGCAGACUUCAGUUCCUUGGUAGGAAAAGAAGUAGUUUGGAUGUCAUAUUUUAAAAAAGCCUGAAUAUAUAUGCCCCAGUAUCUAGGCUUUAUAACUAGUAAUGAGAAGUUACAGGUAAAUAGCUCUCGGGUUACCCAGAAGAGUUCAUGUGGCCCCAAAGAGUCCUGAAUAGUAUCUUGGCAUGAAUAGUAUUUGUCCUUUGUGAGUGUCAGUUCACCAGUCCAGUCAGAAGACAGUGAAUCUAUCCAGUUAGAUGUCUGCUAUUUCAUUCCUAUCUGUGGUAGAGAUCUAGUGUGAAGUGCUGAGAAGUUUCAUAUGGAAGUGGAAGCUUUCAGAAAUACGAUUACUACUCAUGGACAAAACUAUCUUCCAGAGACUUGUGCAAGGUACCUUACACCAAAAAACUAAAAGUAUAAUGGAGAAUAGCACAGUCUUGUCAAAUUGGACAAAAGAGAGCAAAGAAAAAAUGAAGUAUGACUUUUCAUGUGAACUCUACAGAAUGUCCACAUAUUCAGCUUUUCCUAGGGGAGUUCCUGUCUCAGAAAGGAGUCUGGCUCGUGCUGGCUUUUACUACACUGGUGUGAAUGACAAGGUCAAGUGCUUCUGCUGUGGCCUGAUGCUGGACAACUGGAAACAAGGGGACAGUCCCAUUGAGAAGCACAGACAGUUCUAUCCCAGCUGCAGCUUUGUACAGACUCUGCUUUCAGCCAAUCUGCAGUCUCCAUCUAAGAAUAUGUCUCCAGUGAAAAGUAGAUUUGCACAUUCGUCACCUCUGGAACAAGGUGGCAUUCACGCCAGCCUGUGCUCAAACCCUCUUAAUUCUAGAGCAGUGGAAGACUUAUCGAGGAUGAAUCCCUGCAGCUAUGCCAUGAAUACAGAAGAGGCCAGAUUUCUUACUUACAGUAUGUGGCCGUUAAGUUUUCUGUCACCGGCAGAGCUGGCCAGAGCCGGCUUCUAUUACAUAGGGCCUGGAGACAGGGUGGCCUGCUUUGCCUGUGGUGGGAAACUGAGCAACUGGGAGCCAAAGGAUGAUGCUAUGUCAGAGCACCGGAGACAUUUUCCCCACUGUCCAUUUCUGGAAAAUACUUCAGAAAUACAGAGGUUUAGUAUAUCAAAUCUAAGUAUGCAGACACACACUGCUCGAAUGAGGACGUUUCUGUACUGGCCAUCUAGUGUUCCUGUUCAGCCUGAGCAGCUUGCAAGUGCUGGGUUCUAUUAUGUGGAUCGCAAUGAUGAUGUCAAAUGCUUUUGUUGUGAUGGUGGCUUGAGAUGUUGGGAACCGGGAGAUGACCCCUGGAUAGAACAUGCCAAAUGGUUUCCAAGGUGUGAGUUCUUGAUACGGAUGAAGGGUCAGGAGUUUGUUGAUGAGAUUCAAGCUAGAUAUCCUCAUCUUCUUGAGCAGCUGUUGUCCACUUCAGACACCCCAGGAGAAGAAAAUGCUGACCCUCCAGUUGUGCAUUUCGGCCCUGGAGAAAGUUCGGAAGAUGUCAUCAUGAUGAGCACGCCUGUGGUUAAAGCGGCCUUGGAAAUGGGCUUCAGUAGGAGUCUGGUGAGACAGAUGGUUCAACGUCAGAUCCUGGCCACUGGUGAGAACUACAGGAGGGUCAAUGAUAUUGUCUCAGCACUUCUGAAUGCUGAAGAUGAGAGGAGAGAAGAGAAGGAAAGACAGACUGAAGAGACGGCGUCAGGUGACUUGUCACUGAUUCGGAAGAAUAGAAUGGCCCUCUUUCAACAGUUGACACAUGUCCUUCCUAUCCUGGAUCAUCUUCUUGAGGCCAGUGUAAUUACAAAACAGGAACAUGAUAUUAUCAGACAGAAAACACAGAUACCCUUACAAGCAAGAGAACUUAUCGACACCAUUUUAGUCAAGGGAAAUGCUGCAGCCAAUAUCUUCAAAAACUCGCUGAAGGAAAUUGACUCCACAUUAUAUGAAAACUUAUUUGUGGAAAAGAAUAUGAAGUAUAUUCCAACAGAAGACGUUUCAGGCUUGUCAUUGGAAGAACAGCUGCGGAGAUUACAAGAGGAAAGAACUUGCAAAGUGUGUAUGGACAGAGAGGUUUCUAUCGUGUUCAUUCCUUGUGGUCAUUUGGUAGUCUGCCAGGGAUGUGCCCCUUCCCUCAGAAAGUGCCCCAUCUGCAGGGGGACAAUCAAGGGGACUGUGCGCACCUUUCUCUCAUGAGUGAAUGGUCUGAAAGUAUUGUUGGACAUCAGAAGCUGUCUGAACUACUGAUUCAGCUAUUCAGCAGAACAUUCAUGUUCUACUCAUUUUCAAGAUUAGUAGUGUUGCUUUAUGAAAGGUCGUUUUGUAUAUUUAAUCUUAGUCUGUUGCAAGGGAAGGUCUGUGCUGUGGAGCUACAGGCUUGUGUCUGUCCUAGAGCAGGGGUUGGGAUGCUUGCUGUGUGUCCUUCAAGACUUCCUGGAUUUGGAAUUGUGAAAGCUUUGGAUUCAGGUGAUGUGGAGCUCUGGAAUCCUGAAGCCAGUGGCCCUGGCACUAAGCAGUUAGGUGCUUCUUGGUGCUUUUCCUUUCUAAAAAAAUAAGGAUUUUUCUGUUACUGGUAAAUAUUUUCUGUUUGUGAGAUACAUACUAAAGUUUUUUAAAGGCUUGCAUCAUCAUAGUGUGUGCAGGGAUGUAUGCAGGCUGAACACUGUGUAUAUAAAUAAAUAAAUGUUUUUAAAAAGUG